AUGGCACUCUCGACGGGGUACUACCUCAAGAACAUCUUCUCGUCGUCGUACGGCAAGGAUCGUCCAGACUUCUUUCUAUGGUACCCAAAGGGCACACCUUCGAGUGAGAAGAAGCUCUUGCACAAGAUCGACUUCUUCAUCCUGACAUAUGGCUGCUUGGCCUAUUUCACCAAAUGGCUCGACCAAGCCAACUUGAGCAAUGCAUAUGUGUCUGGCAUGCGCGAGGACCUGGAGAUGUUCGGCACCGAGUUCAACCUGGCUGUAACGUGCUUUCAGAUCGGACAGAUCCUGGGUCCUAUCCCUGCCAACCUCAUGCUCUCCCACAUCCGGCCCCGCAUCCUAUUGCCAGGGUUGGAGCUAAUCUGGGGCAUCUUGACUAUCGGAACAUACGCCGUGACCUCGCCAAGUCAAUUAUAUCCCAUUCGCUUCUUCGUCGGAUUGUUGGAAGGAUCAUGCUUUGUCGGUGUGCAAUACUGCCUCGGAUCUUGGUUUAAGAGGACAGAGAUCGGCAAACGCACCGCCAUCUUUGCUUGCAGCGCCUACGUUGGAACGAUGGUGUCGGGCUAUCUCCAGUCGGCCAUGAUUGCGGAUAUGGAUGGAAGGAACGGAUUGGAGGCCUGGCGAUGGGUCUUCAUCUUUGAUGGCAUUAUCACGGUGGUAGUUGCGAUAUACGGCUACAUCUUCUUCCCGGAUACACCGUACAACACCCAGGCGUUCUAUCUCACGCAGGAGGAGAAAGCCAGAUGCGUCGAACGACUGGUCGAAGAUGGGCGAGAAGAGGUGUCAGACUUCUCCUGGAGCCUCUUCCGAAGAACGUUCCAAACCUGGCAAAUUUAUGUACUCACGAUCCUCUGGAUGUUCUGGAACACAACUGUGGGAAAGGUUGCCAAUACUGUGGCGCAGCUGUUCUUGAAGAACGAUCCUGAUCAUUCGUGGACGCUUUAUGAGGUCAACAACAUUCCGACAUCGAUCAACGGGCUCAACAUUGUCUGUCUCCUACUGUUCAACGUCUACAUCGAUGCUACAGGCUACAGAAUGAACGCCGUGGCACUCAAUCUGGGAAUUCUCAUCUUCGGAACCGUCUGCCUCGUCAUCUGGGACAUACCUCUGGGGCUCAAGAUCGCUUCAUACAUGUUUGCUGGGCUUGACGGGCCCCUGUCUCCCAUAUUCUACGCUUGGGCCAACAUUCUGACUUCCGGUGACUCUCAAGUCCGUGCAUUGACACUCGCUGUCAUGAAUAGCUUCGGAGCUGCCCUCACGACGAUCAUACAGCAGUUUCUGUACCCUGUCACGGACGCCCCCGAGUUCAGCAAGGGUUUCAAGGCCAGUCUUGGUUUCAUCAUUGGCCUCUGCGUUUGGGUGGUGGUUGUGCGGCUCUUUGAGAUGCGAUCACUGGCACAGAAGCAAGUAGAGCUGGAGGCUACAUCUGCUGCGUCUGAUGAGCUUGAACCGGAGCGGGUUGCGGUGACCGCUGAAACGAAGAACUGA